AUGGUUCCAGGAAAUCUCUCCCAUGUGACCACAUUCAUUCUCAUUGGAGUCUCAGAUGAUCCAGAGCUUCAGGUUCCCCUCUUCUUCAUCUUCUUAGCAAUCUAUGGAGUGACAGUAACUGGAAAUGUGGCAAUCAUCACACUCACUAGUAUUGAUUCUCGACUUCAAACUCCCAUGUAUUUUUUCCUUAGACACUUGGCUAUCAUCAAUCUUGGUAAUUCUACUGUCAUUGCUCCCCAGAUGCUGGUCAAUUUCUUGGUGGAGAAGAAAACCAUUUCCUACUAUGGAUGUGCAACCCAACUUGGAGGCUUCUUAGUCUUCAUUGUUGCUGAGAAUUUCAUGUUGGCUGUCAUGGCCUAUGACCGCUAUGUGGCUAUUUGCAAUCCCCUAUUAUACAUGGUUGUGGUAUCACGGAAGCUUUGCAUUCUACUUGUUGCCCUUGCGUACAUUUAUAGCUUCUCAGUAGCAGUGACACUCACCUCUUGUGUUUUCUCCGUGUCCUACUGUUCUUCCAAUGUCAUUAAUCAUUUUUACUGUGAUAAUAUCCCUUUAUUAGUUUUAUCUUGUUCUGAUACCAGUAUGCCAGAGACAGCAAUGUACAUCUGUGCAGGUACGGAUCUCUUCCUUUCCAUAACAACUGUCCUGGUGUCCUACUCCCUCAUCAUCUUAGCCAUCCUGAGGAUACGUUCAGCAGAAGGUAGACAGAAAGCCUUCUCUACCUGUGCUUCCCACAUGAUAGCCGUCACUGUUUUCUAUGGGACACUCCUUUUCAUGUAUUUGCAGCCCCAGUCAAACCAUUCCUUAGAUACUGAUAAAAUAGCUUCAUUGUUUUACACACUAGUGAUCCCCAUGCUGAAUCCUAUGAUCUAUAGCCUGAGGAACAAGGACGUGAAGGAAGCUGUGAAGAGAGUCCUUACCAAACCUUUCCAAAGUUUUAAAAGCACAUGGUUUGACAAGUAUUUGAGUAAAACAAGAGAUCCACAAUCUGAGGCAGGAGCUAUAGGAGUGUGA